AAAAAUUUUCAUUGUUGUUGUAGUUGUUGCUAAUAUGGCGGUGAAUUAGGUUUGUAUUGUGUGUUGUUUUGGUGUUCGGAAAAGCCAAAUAAGUUGGAGAACUGAGUUGGUUAUUUGUGAAAUGUGUGGAAUUUAUAUCUAAAGAAUAUAGAUGAUGAUGUCCACAUCAGCGUUUUGCUUGUGCGUGGGUGAUAGAAAAGUGCGUUGGUGAAUUGAUGUGACGAAACGUACAUGCCAUCGUCGGGACUCGAACCCUCAAACCAGGCAUUGCUAACAGACCGAAGUUUGUGACGCUCCUUACCGCUAUAUCCCGACCGACAAUCUCGGAUGGACUCAUUCUUAGGACUGUUUGAGCCGGAUAGGGAGGGGGAGGGGGAGGACACCCAGCUGCCCCCCGAGCCCCAGCUGGGAAAUGUCGAGUACAAGUUGAAACUAGUCAACCCAUCCCGUCUCAGGUUCCAGCACCUCGUCACACAGAUGAAGUGGAGACUGCGAGAAGGACACGGCGAAGCGAUCUAUGAGAUUGGCGUGGAGGACAGUGGCCUGCUGACGGGCCUGUCAGAGGAGGAGAUGACUGCCAGCCUGGAGACCCUGGAGCAGAUGGCCACUACCCUCGGCGCCACCACCACGGUGCUCAGACAGAGGAUCGUCGACGACUCCAGGCAGGUCGCCGAAGUCCUUGUUCGCAAGGUUCCGGAUGACCAGCACAACAUAGAGGUGCGCGUUGCGGUGAUGGGUUCGGCGGACGCCGGCAAGUCGACGCUGCUUGGAGUGCUGACCCAGGGUCAGCUGGACAAUGGCCGCGGUCGGGCGCGCCUCAACAUGUUCCGCCAUCUGCACGAGGUCCAGUCCGGUCGCACCUCGUCUAUUUCCCACGAGAUUCUCGGAUUCGACCAACAGGGUGAGGUGAUAAACUACAAUGAGGUUAUGACAUCAGAAGAGAUUUGUGAAAGAUCUAGCAAACUGGUCACUUUCAUGGAUUUGGCUGGACAUCGGAAAUACCUCCGAACGACAGUGCAAGGAUUAACAGGGUACUGGCCACACCACGUGAUGUUGGUGGUGAGUGGGCGUGCGGGUGUGCUGGGCAUGACUCAGGAGCACUUGGCAUUGGCCCUCGCCCUGGACGUGCCCUUCUUCAUAGUCGUCACCAAGACCGACCUGGUCGCACCCACCGAAGCCGUCCUCUGCCUCAAGGCUCUCCUCAAUGCCAUCGGCUGCAGCAAGACGGCAAUGAUAGUGAAUGACUUGGACGAUGUGAUAGAGGCGGGCUCGAGCCAGAUGAGUGAGAACGUGGUGCCGAUAUUCUGCGUGUCGAGUGUCAACGGCCAGGGACUCGAUCUGCUCACCAGGUUCCUCCAUGUACUGCCGCCUGGCAUCUCACUCAAAGAAAAAGAACGAUUAGAACAGGAAAGGUGUGAAUUCCAAAUUGACGAAACUUUCAGGGUACCUGAAGUGGGGACGGUUGUUGGAGGACUUUUAACAAGGGGCGUCAUCACUGAGAAUACAAGUCUGCUUAUAGGUCCGAUGGACGACGGUGAGUUUGCGCAGGUGACGGUGCAGUCGAUCCACCGCAACCGGGCGCCUUGCCGCAUGGUGCGCGCCAGCCAGAGUGCGUCGCUGAGCAUCGAAGCGGCGCCCUGUCCCAUCCGCGCUGGCAUGGUGCUUGUUUCGCCGCACGAGGCCCAGCCACCCAAAGGCUGCUUCUUCUUUCAGGCAACGGUGAGCGUGCUGUUCCACUCGACGGGGACCAUCUACCCGGGCUUCCAGACGACGGUGCACAUUGGCAACGUGCGGCAGACGGCGGUCAUGGAGGGCAUCAUGGCCACCAGUGGCAUCCACACCAACCAGCAGGCGUCCGUCCUCUUCCGCUUCGUGCGUCAUCCGGAGUUUGUGCGGGUCGGUGCCAGGCUGCUCUUCCGCGACGGACGCACCAAGGGCAUCGGCAAGGUCACUCAAGUUUUCCACGAUGCUUAAACACUCACUCAACACAGUCACGAGAUAUAGAUAUCAACUUCCAUCCCUUCCCUAUUAGACCCGUGUAGGACUGUCAAAUUUUUCUUCACUUCAAACGUUCAAAUAUCUAUGAUCUUGAUAAACAUCAUGAAACGUUCAAAGAACGAUUUAUAAUUAUACAUUGUACGUAUGAUGUAAAGUUCCCCUUAAGGAGGCAUCAUAUACACAGUCAUAAUUAUGUAGUAUGCUUAUCAUUCAUCGACUUUGAAGAGUCCGAUCUCAUUAGGGGUCAAGUCUGCAAACCCAUAGAAUCCAAUCUGAAGAAACAAAACUAUUUCAAACAAUAUUUGUAUCAAGGUCUGAUACUUGAUACCAACGUAAUAAAAAUGACACUUAUAGAGUUGUAUGGUUUCCUAUUUUUCCUGUAAUCACUUUCUAUCCGCAUUUAUUUGAUUGUACUACAUAUUUGGACUGGUUCUACAGAUGAUAUGUAAUACCUUAAGGUGCGUACAGGCUUAUACGCUACGAACACGCGCAUUUCACUUUUCAUCAGCUAUUCUCAUUAUAUAUGUAUUUGUACAGAAACAUAUAUAAUAGGCAUUAGCUGAUUAAAAGUGAAAUGUUCGUGUCGUGUAAGUCUGUACGCAGCUAUAGAUGUUGUCGGAGAAAAGCGUAGUACAGAAUUCUGUUCACUCUCACAAUUGAUAAAAUUUUGUUAUUGUUUCUUCAGUUCAAAUCACAGUCUGGACUUUGCCCAUUUAAUCUAAACAACUUCAUAUAAAUAAUUACAAUCUCAAACAUAAACAUGAAUCAAAAUUGUAAUCGCAAAUUCAUUACUCCAACUUUGAUCAUAUAUUCGAGACAAAUAUUCGACUUUAUAUGAUGAUCUGUAAUCAUCAUGAUCAACUAUCUCUGAUACUAGAUAGCGACUGUUCGAUAUCGAUGUGUAAUAGGGUCUUUAUAAUUAAUAUGUGUGCAGGACUGACCUGAACUCUUCACUAUCACACCUAAUCUCGUGACUGAAUCAUCUCUACCUACCAACCCUCUAUCUAAACUCAAAGACACUUAUUUUGUACCUUACUUGUACAUAGAUCGACUAAUGUGAUUUUAUCUUUUAGACUGUUCGAUGUAAUAUUUUUCCUGUUAAAGUGGAUUUAUGCAGUGCAAUUUUCAAAGUAUAACUCGCUAAAUUGAACAAAAAACAUGAUUCUCAAUCUUGUAUGUAUUUAUGAAACUUGCUUAGGAAAAGUGACUCUAGUAAAUUGUAUGGUUGAAGAUUUCUGGAAAGCUAGUUAAAUGAGUCGUACUAUCGAAUAAAUAACCUUCAUGAAUAUUAAUUUGGCUUUCGGAUUCUGGUAGUUUAAUGUUUUAUUUUUUAAUGAUUUAAAUGUACGUGUAUGUGAACUGUUAUUCAAAGAACCGUAUUUAUGAACGAUUCGCAAAGAGUUUAGUCUUGAGCAUUCAAGGUUUCGUUGCCUAUAAGAUCUAAUCAAAAACUGGUUGUUAGGCAAAAAACUUCUAUAAAUACGACUCCACAAAUAUUAAGUACUGGCCAAAUUUUUCAUCCUUUUGACGCUUUUUCUAUUUGUCAAAAUUCAAAAGCAAGACGAUCCACCAAUGCCGUUCUUGCCAAUAUAUAUUCAAGGGUAAGCAAAGAGGCUGUGUUUCUUUUUUUCAAAUUUACAAAUAAUUAAUUUCCAUCAAAAAUACUUUUUCAUUUGGAAUGUAUUGUGUUCGUAGCUGAAGCUACAAAUUUGUUGUGGUGGAUACUGAGAGCUAUGUUGGAAAAAAACAAAUAAAGUUGUAUCUAGUUGAUUCACAUUUAAAAUAGUGAAUCAUAGUUUGAGAAUUGUGCUGCAUUGAAACUUUAUUGUUACUACUUGGAAGAGUGAACAAAUUCUCAUUGAUCACUCGUUCAUGUGUUAUUAAAACGCUCCAUAAUUAUUUUUCUAGAACCUCACAUAUUAUUUUAUUAUUAAUCGCCAUUAGAUUUUAAACUUGAUGUAAGGUGUACACUCGUAAAGUAUUACCAUUAUUGGAUUAACAUAUACUCUUUUCUCUGCUCGCACUAUCUUAUAACUAUAGUACGGUAGUUUCUAUAAGAUAAACUUAUUUCAAUGAACAAUCGGCAGAGAAAUGAUAUACUACAUGCUUUGUUCAAAAAGCCAAAUCUCAUUUCAUUGUAAAUAUAUAUUGUAUAUUAAGUCUAAACCACUUCAAGGUGCCCUCAGACUUUUUUAAAAAAUAGGCUAGAGUAUUAAUAAAUUCCCUUUAAAUAACGUAACAUGAAAUUAAUAUAGUCGGCACGCUAUGAGAAAGUGUCUGGAUCGGAUUGGAUAGCCCAUAAUCUAGGGAGUAAUGACUUUUCUAGUGAUGAGCCACCAUCAUUACAAAUUGUCAUUUGUAUAUUAUGUCACUAUUACAAUAUUUUUUACCUCAUAGUCGUCAUUAAUUUCAAGUUACAAGUGAAUAAUAAUCAAUUUGUGGUGGAAUAUGAAAUUGAAGAACUCUUAUUUUGAAAUUAUGACAAGCUCAACACUAAUGAAAUAAUAGUUGUUUCCGUUGUUGCAAUAAUUUGCUAGUCAUUGAUAUAUUAAUCUAUAUAAAGCUCAUUUGAGUUGAGUGUCGAUUUAAUGGAAGAUAAUUAAAACUCUUGUAAAGUAAGAUUUUAUAAAUUUUAGAUGUAAAUUUUCAAUUCUUCUACUUGAAUUUCCAACAGUCUAGAAAUAUCUUCAGUACAUUGAAUAUUUUGUGUAUCAUUUAUAUAAUUUUUAUAUAUUGUUGGAUAAUAUAAAUUUAUUUGAGACUAUAACCUUAACGUCGAUCCAAUCGAAAUAUAAAAUUCAAUAUUCGAAUAAUGAAACUCGAUGAUUAUCAAGAUCCGUCUAAAUUUCCAACUGGAAAUAUAUUUACUGCGACAAAGCGUUCUCUGAUCUCACAGAGUAAUUACCUGACUUCUAUUGUCUAUAAGUUAAUGAAUUAGUAUCUAUUAUGAACAUCACUUGAAUUUACUCUUUGGAAAGUGGCACAAACACUGUCAAUAGGAUCACGAGCAUCAAUAUUCAAUUACAUAUUGCAUUAUAUUUAUUUCAGAUAAAAUUUUACGUUGAAAUUUUCAAGUCAAAUAUCAAAUUAAAUUCAGAUAAAAUUAAGUUAUUUUUAUUACUAUAUUUAUCAUCCAGUAUUUGUAAGUAGCCAGAUAAACUUUCAUACUUGCCUAUUAUUGAUCGCUCCUUUAAACUACUUAAUGCUAGAGCCACACUACGUUAAUACAAGUCAAGUGAUUUUAUACAAUAUAAUUCAAUGGUUAAGUGACUAUUACAAUUCUUACAUGAGUAGCACUCAUUAUGAAGAUGUCAUUAUUAUUAUAGGAAUGAGCACUUAUUCUUGGAUCAUUUUUCACAAUUUUGACUCUUCCGUAAACAAGAGACAAGUUUGCUCUCCGAGGGCA